AUGGUCCAAAGUUUAGUUCAGAAACGAGUCCAGCAUCUGAUUGAAGGAGGUUUGAAAGUCCUUGCACUUGAUUUCGACCUUACAAUAUGCUCAAUUCAUACGAGAGGGGUUUACAUGGGCACAGAAGAGGACUUAAAGAGUUUGCUGCAUCCUGACAUGAUUGAGCUAAUACAGGCUGCAUCACCACGUCUCCAAGUUGCUGUUACCACUUUCUCAAGACAAACUCAACUUAUUAGUAAUCUUAUGAAGCGGAUAUCUCCUAAAAACACUAUUAUUGUUCGGGGCGACUUCAGCUGUGAGACUAAUAACAAAGCAAUUAUAAACGAAGGUAAACAAACCCACCUUCACUCGGUACUAGAAGAGUUGGAUGAGAGGGUUGGAGAGAGGUACCAGCUAGAUCAGAUACUACUUGUAGACGAUCAGGGAGAUAAUGUCCGUACUGCCGUCAAUAAUGGCAGUUAUGGGCUUGUGUUUCACGGACCGGACUGCUUAUCUGCUUUUGACAACCCCUUACCAAGUCGACCAAAGUUGCUGACAUGCGAAUGUCACGACAUCUGAUCAAACUUUCUGGACACCCUUCAAUCACUCUUUCUUUAGUUGAAGAACACAGCUCUAAAGUUCCAGCCAAACGUGAGCUCCCGGAGUUAUAGAUGAGAAUAAUUGGAUGAGUUCAUUCCUUGGUCCGCGCCCCCUUGGACACUAUUAUAUUUGUACUAUUAUAUUUCUUAUAGAGAUUAUUGAUUUGUAGAUAAGUAGACCAUUAUUAUCCUAAUACAAAAAUCUCUUGACAAUCGACAGCCUCUGCAGUCUGUAACUUAUUUCUUGCAGAGUGAACAGUGGAAUGGACUUCAUUUCACUUAUAACUAACCGUACAUUUCGUUGCAUCUAACUGUUCCCGAUACAUCUAAAAACAUUUUGCUAGUCUAAGCUGUACUCUGGUUGAACGUUAACUAAAUACCAUUUGUUUUUCCAGUUUUCUAUUAAAAGCUCUUGCUGAGACCUCCAAUGGCCCGCUGUAUAGUUAAAUUAUAGUUUUCAAUUGAAGAGUCUGCCCUUUUACUGACGUUAUUUGUUAGAUUAAGUUAUUUGCUUUGAAAUAAAUUUAGUGAAUUACAAAAAGGCAAUUUGUUGGGUUUGAGCGUCAACAAAACAAAAAACUAUAUUAAUAAUUAAUAAAAGACGCAAAAACCGUUUUAGUUUUUUCUCCUGAACUGGAAAUUCUACCUGCAUGAUUUUGUAUAUAAAAUAUACCUUAAAUUGAAGUUCCCGAAAACUUAAUACCGAACUUAGCUUAAGUAAGUCUUUGAAGAACAAUCCUUCAAUACAAUUAUAGUUAUUGGAAUACUGUUGGCAGUUAUUUGGAAACUUAAACUCAUUGUCUGAUGUAUUAGAUACAAUUGAGUAACGACUUAUUGUGAUUCAAUGGUUUUUAUCAAUCAUACAAUAAUUCUUUUAAAUGUCUCCAAUAAUUCUCUUUCCUUUCGAAACGACAACAGGCUCUCCGCGUUAAAGUGCUGCGGUAUAUUUGGUUUAUUUAUUACACGUGUUACUGAUGUCUAACAAGAUUUAUUUCAUAAUUUAUGUUUAACUGUUGUGUACAAGCCACAUCUUUAAUUGUGUAUUAAUUUAUUGGAGGGUUUUAAGAACUUUUGUUUGAGCGUUUAGAUGAAGGUGACUGUUUUUGUCCUGGUUCACUCGAGGAGUGUUGUUUGUUGGGCAGCCGUCAUAUAUUGCGGAUCUUACGGUUCUACGUUUUUUUGUUUUGAAAAUGUUUUGUUCAAUUCAGUCUUUAAAUUAUCAUAAUUCAA